UGGGUACAUAAUACACAAGUUUAUAUACAAGCAGAUAACAAGCACAUUGUUAUUUAUAUCGGAUCGCUUCUACACAAAGUCAACUCAAAAAUUAUUAAGUGAUUGUUGUUGAUCAAAAAUCAAAAGUACAAUAAAUUGUGUGUGUUAUUUUUUUUUUGGCGUAAAAAAACUUUUUUCUUUUUGUUUAAGUGGUGUUAGUGUUUAUUUUUUUAUAGAAACAUGGCAGAAGUACAUGCAAUGAAACAAACAUCCGGGCUCACCACCCUUAAUAAAAGUGAUGGCGAUAAAAAGUUUCGUGAAUCGUCGGUAUCCCGAUAUACGAUUGGUGAUAACAUUGCUGAACAAUUACAUAAUUUAAACAUGUCACAUCCAGCGCAUCCACACCAUCAAGCUAGUGAAGACUCAAUGAUGAGUGUGAUACAAACCGAUGAUGAUAUUGAAAUCUGUCUGAUACAAGAUGAUGAUAUUGAAGAUGUUUUAGUAUUCUUACGGAAAUUCUUUUUUAAAGAUGAACCAUUGAAUGUUGAACAGAAUCUAUUAGAAACAGAAGAUGCAAGAUGUUUGGAAUUAGAGGAAAUAUGUACGGAAACUAUGAAAGAACAUUUAUCAUUUAAAGCCACGUCAAAAGGACAAAUUCUAGGUGUAACAAUUAACGGCGUAUCCAGACCAGGAAAAGCUGUAGACUCAUCUGAAGAAUGUAAAAAUCCAAAAUUUAAGAAAAUCCUUAAACUUUUAUAUACAAUUGAUAAACAAUCAGAUGUAUUUGGACAAUUUCCUGAUGUUUCCAGUACCAUAGAUGUGAAAAUCAUUUCUGUAGACAAUGCAUGUCGAGGUCGUGGUAUUGCUAAAGCACUUAUAGAUCGUACACGGGAAUUUGGUGCAGAAAAUGGUCAUGCUAUGAUUCGAGUUGAUUGCACAAGCCAUUUUUCAGCAAAAGCUGUGGCACGAUUAGGAUUCGAAUGUGUUUAUAUACUUAAAUAUUCCGAAUAUUUAGGACCUGAUGGUAAACCUGUUUUCACACCUGAACCACCUCACAAUGAAGUGAAAGUGUUCGUCCAACGAAUUUAGGGCCCUUCAUUUUUUGGUGUAAAAUUUUUAUAAAUGUAAGUUGUUCGAGAUUUAUUAACGGGGAGUUACAGUUUAAGUCAACUAAAAUGUCACUAAAAAGAAAAAAAAAUUGAAUCCAGUGGAUUACUUUAUUUAAAUUUUUUUUUUUUGCACAAUUUCAAUGCUUUAAAAGAAUUUAGAUAUUAAUUGUUGUAAGUGAACGACAGAAAAUUCCUAAGGUCCAGUUUUUCAAUGUUAGGAUUAGCGGACAGUUAAAUCAAAUUUUUAACCUAGGCAAAUUUUAUUUGUAGGUCUAGUCAAUUUUUAAUUAGUUCAACGUAUAUUUCGGGUGAUGUACAGGAAAAAAUACAGGCAUGAAAUGAUUGGGCGAAAUAUGACAGAUGAGCUUAUUUGCCAUUUUGCACCGAAUUUACAAUUUCAUGAAGUUUGGGGAGAAAUGGUAGAAGGUAAAUCACUACCCAUCUGUAGAUGUUUCUCGAUACAACCAUAUCGAAUAAAGCUCUCUGGAAUUAU